UCUCUCUCUCUCUCUCUAGAUCUCUCUUGUUUCCUCAAACAGUUCUCCCUGUGUUUCUUUCUAAAAUAUUGCUGGCUUUGUGAGAGGGUCCGAGGGUUUCGUCCCCGUCUCAGAUCUCACAGCGUUUUGAGUGGUCUAAAACGCUGUCGUUUGACAAGCUUUCGAUUAGCGAUUUAUUUACGUCGUUCUCAGAUCCGGAGCUUUGAUCUCGGAGCUUCGAUUUCGCCACCAUGGCGGCCGCUAACGCUCCGAUCACAAUGAAAGAGUCCCUUACGUUGACCAGCAUAGGGAUCAAUCCGCAGUUCAUCACAUUUACCAACGUCACCAUGGAAUCUGAUAAAUAUAUAUGCAUACGGGAGACUUCGCCACAAAACUCUGUUGUAAUUAUUGAUAUGAAUAUGCCAAUGCAACCUUUGAGGAGGCCAAUUACUGCUGAUUCAGCACUUAUGAAUCCUAAUACUAGAAUAUUAGCUUUAAAAGCUCAACUUCCUGGAACUACUCAAGAUCAUUUGCAAAUAUUUAACAUCGAGGCAAAAGCAAAAAUGAAAUCAUAUCAGAUGCCUGAGCAGGUUGUAUUUUGGAAGUGGAUUACCCCAAAGAUGUUGGGCUUGGUCACACAAACAUCAGUAUAUCAUUGGUCUAUUGAUGGUGACACUGAACCUAUAAAGAUGUUUGAUAGAACGGCUAAUUUAUCCAACAAUCAGAUAAUCAAUUAUAAAUGUGAUCCUUCUGAAAAGUGGCUGGUUUUGAUUGGAAUUGCACCUGGAUCUCCUGAGAGGCCUCAGCUGGUAAAAGGAAGUAUGCAACUCUAUUCUGUGGAUCAGCAGCGGAGCCAAGCACUUGAAGCUCAUGCUGCAUCAUUUGCCUCUUUCAGGGUACCAGGAAAUGAUAAGGAUUCCAUUCUUAUCUCUUUUGCAACAAAAACCUCCAAUGCUGGACAGAUUUCCUCGAAAUUGCAUGUUAUAGAGCUUGGAGCACAGCCAGGGAAGCCAUCUUUUACAAAGAAACAAGCAGAUCUUUUCUUCCCUCCAGAUUUUGCUGAUGACUUUCCAGUAGCUAUGCAGAUUUCCCACAAAUAUAGUUUGAUAUAUGUGAUCACAAAGCUUGGACUUCUCUUUGUAUACGAUCUGGAAACAGCUACUGCAGUUUACAGAAAUAGAAUCAGUCCAGAUCCUAUAUUUUUGACGUCUGAAGCGACAUCUGUGGGGGGUUUUUAUGCCAUCAAUAGACGAGGCCAAGUGUUGCUUGCCACUGUGAAUGAGGCAACAAUUGUACCUUUUGUUAGUGGCCAAUUAAAUAAUCUAGAGCUUGCUGUGAAUCUUGCCAAAAGAGGGAAUCUUCCUGGUGCAGAGAAUUUGGUUGUCCAGCGUUUCCAGGAGUUGUUUGCUCAGACAAAGUACAAGGAGGCUGCUGAGCUUGCUGCUGAAUCUCCACGAGGCAUCCUUCGUACUCCUGACACUGUUGCAAAAUUUCAGAGUGUUCCCGUCCAAGCUGGACAAACACCACCCUUGCUGCAGUACUUUGGGACACUUUUAACCAGAGGAAAACUGAACGCAUUUGAGUCAUUGGAGCUGUCCCGUCUUGUUGUCAACCAGAACAAGAAGAAUCUUUUGGAGAACUGGUUGGCUGAGGAUAAGCUUGAAUGCAGUGAGGAGCUGGGUGACCUUGUGAAGACUGUUGAUAAUGAUCUUGCACUUAAAAUAUAUAUAAAAGCAAGGGCAACUCCAAAAGUUGUUGCAGCUUUUGCUGAACGGAGGGAGUUUGACAAAAUAUUGAUUUACUCCAAGCAGGUUGGCUAUACACCCGAUUAUCUUUUCCUUCUGCAAACAAUUCUUCGUUCAGAUCCCCAGGGAGCUGUUAAUUUUGCCCUCAUGAUGUCCCAAAUGGAGGGAGGUUGUCCUGUUGACUACAAUACUAUAACAGAUCUCUUUCUUCAGAGAAACAUGAUUCGUGAGGCAACAGCUUUUCUGUUGGAUGUUCUGAAGCCCAAUUUGCCCGAACAUGCUUAUCUUCAAACUAAGGUCCUGGAAAUCAAUCUUGUCACUUUUCCUAAUGUGGCUGAUGCAAUUUUAGCAAAUGGUAUGUUUAGCCAUUAUGACCGUCCUCGCAUUGCUCAGCUCUGUGAAAAAGCUGGCCUUUAUAUUCGAGCUCUUCAGCACUACACUGAAUUGCCAGAUAUAAAGCGUGUUAUUGUGAACACUCAUGCAAUUGAGCCGCAGGGUCUCGUAGAAUUCUUUGGGACUCUUUCUCGAGAAUGGGCUUUGGAGUGCAUGAAGGACCUUCUUUUAGUGAAUUUGAGGGGCAACCUUCAGAUUAUUGUUCAGGUUGCCAAAGAAUAUUGUGAGCAAUUGGGUGUUGAACCUUGUAUAAAAAUUUUUGAGCAAUUCAAAUCGUAUGAAGGAUUGUACUUCUUCUUGGGGUCUUAUCUGAGCUCAAGUGAGGACCCUGACAUCCAUUUUAAGUAUAUUGAAGCAGCUGCAAAGACAGGGCAGAUCAAGGAGGUUGAGCGUGUUACAAGGGAAUCAAAUUUCUAUGACCCAGAGAAGACUAAAAAUUUCUUGAUGGAAGCCAAGCUUCCGGAUGCUAGACCCCUAAUAAAUGUGUGCGAUCGAUUUGGUUUUGUUCCAGAUCUUACACACUACCUGUAUACAAACAACAUGCUCCGGUAUAUUGAAGGAUAUGUGCAGAAGGUCAAUCCUGGAAAUGCUCCACUAGUUGUGGGGCAGCUGCUAGACGAUGAAUGUCCCGAAGAUUUUAUUAAAGGCUUGAUUCUCUCUGUCCGUUCGCUUCUUCCUGUUGAGCCUCUCGUGGACGAGUGUGAGAAAAGGAACCGGCUUCGGUUACUUACCCAAUUUUUGGAGCAUCUUGUGAGCGAAGGAAGCCAGGAUGUGCAUGUGCACAAUGCACUUGGAAAGAUCAUUAUAGACAGUAAUAAUAACCCUGAGCACUUUCUCACUACCAACCCAUAUUAUGAUUCACGUGUUGUGGGCAAAUACUGUGAGAAGCGUGAUCCUACCCUUGCUGUUGUUGCCUAUCGGAGAGGGCAGUGUGAUGAUGAACUCAUCAAUGUAACAAAUAAGAACUCCCUGUUUAAGUUGCAGGCCAGGUAUGUAGUUGAAAGGAUGGACGGUGAUCUGUGGGAGAAGGUCCUGAACCCUGAAAAUGAAUAUAGGAGGCAACUCAUUGACCAAGUUGUAUCUACUGCUUUGCCUGAAAGCAAGAGCCCUGAACAAGUUUCUGCUGCUGUCAAAGCAUUCAUGACAGCAGAUCUUCCACAUGAACUUAUUGAGCUUCUUGAAAAGAUUGUGCUUCAAAACUCUGCGUUUAGUGGAAACUUCAAUCUGCAAAACCUACUCAUUUUGACAGCCAUCAAAGCUGAUCCUUCUAGAGUUAUGGACUACAUUAACAGGCUUGACAACUUUGAUGGACCUGCAGUGGGGGAAGUGGCUGUGGAGGGCCAACUAUAUGAAGAGGCUUUUGCGAUUUUCAAGAAGUUCAAUUUGAAUGUGCAAGCUGUCAAUGUGUUAUUGGAUAAUAUCCGAGACAUUAACCGUGCCGUAGAGUUUGCAUUCCGUGUUGAAGAAGAUACCGUUUGGAGCCAGGUUGCUAAAGCCCAGCUCAGGGAGGGAUUAGUUAGUGAUGCAAUUGAGUCCUUCAUCCGUGCAGAUGAUGCUACACAAUUCUUGGAGGUGAUACAAGCUGCUGAAGAUGCCGAUGUCUACCAUGACUUGGUGAAGUAUCUUCUGAUGGUUAGGCAGAAAGCAAAGGAGCCCAAGGUGGACAGUGAGCUCAUUUAUGCAUAUGCCAAAAUUGAUAGAUUGGGUGAUAUUGAGGAAUUUAUUCUCAUGCCAAAUGUUGCUAAUCUUCCCAAUGUGGGUGAUCGCUUGUAUGAUGAGGCCUUAUAUGAGGCUGCAAAGAUCAUAUUUGCUUUCAUUUCUAACUGGGCCAAGUUGGCAAGUACACUUGUGAAGUUGAAGCAAUUUCAAGGUGCUGUUGAUGCGGCGAGGAAGGCCAAUAGCUCAAAGACAUGGAAAGAAGUUUGCUUUGCUUGUGUUGAUGCUGAGGAGUUCCGUUUGGCUCAGAUUUGUGGGCUUAAUAUUAUUGUACAGGUGGAUGACCUUGAAGAAGUCAGCGAGUAUUACCAAAACAGAGGAUGCUUCAACGAGUUAAUCUCUCUUAUGGAAAGCGGUUUGGGAUUGGAGCGUGCGCAUAUGGGCAUAUUUACAGAACUUGGAGUCCUUUAUGCAAGAUACCGCUAUGAGAAGCUCAUGGAGCAUAUCAAGUUAUUUUCUACCCGUCUUAACAUUCCCAAGCUUAUCCGAGCUUGUGAUGAGCAGCAACACUGGAAAGAGCUUACCUAUUUGUAUUUUCAAUAUGAUGAAUUUGAUAAUGCUGCCACUACUGUCAUGAACCAUUCGCCAGAUGCUUGGGAUCAUAUGCAGUUCAAAGACAUUGUAGUAAAAGUUGCAAACGUUGAGCUAUACUACAAAGCAGUGCAUUUCUACUUGCAGGAGCAUCCUGAUCUCAUAAAUGAUCUUCUGAAUGUCCUUGCACUUCGUGUUGACCAUACAAGAGUGGUGGAUAUAAUGAGAAAGGCUGGCCAUUUACGACUGGUGAAGCCAUACAUGGUUGCAGUUCAGAGCAACAAUGUUUCUGCUGUUAAUGAGGCACUCAAUGAGAUCUAUGUUGAGGAGGAAGACUAUGACAGAUUACGUGAAUCAAUUGAUUUACAUGAUAAUUUUGAUCAGAUUGGCCUUGCACAGAAGAUUGAGAAACACGAGUUGCUUGAGAUGAGACGUGUUGCUGCUUAUAUCUAUAAGAAGGCCGGUAGAUGGAAGCAAUCAAUUGCACUGUCAAAGAAAGACAACCUGUACAAAGAUGCAAUGGAGACGGCUUCUCAGUCUGGAGAUCGUGAACUUGCCGAGGAGCUGCUCGUUUACUUUAUUGAACAGGGAAAGAAGGAAUGCUUCGCAUCAUGCCUCUUUGUUUGUUAUGAUUUGAUUCGUGCGGAUGUUGCUCUUGAGCUUGCUUGGAUGAACAAUAUGAUCGACUUUGCUUUCCCGUAUCUCUUGCAGUUUAUCCGUGAGUACACUGGCAAAGUUGAUGAAUUAGUCAAGGACAGAAUUGAAGCUAUGAAUGAAGCAAGGGCAAAAGAGAAUGAAGAGAAGGACGUUAUUAAGCAGCAGAAUAUGUAUGCUCAGUUGCUGCCACUUGCUUUGCCUGCACCACCAAUGCCGGGUAUGGGAGGGGCAGGUAUGGGAGGAGGUUUUUCAGCCCCUCCACCACCAAUGAGUGGAAUGGGUAUGCCGCCAAUGCCACCUUUUGGAAUGCCUCCCAUGGGCUCUUAUUGAGGGUGAAGAUGUGUGGUCUGAAAUUCGCAAUGCAAUGUGCUUUGGGCUGAAAUGGGAACCGACAGAUUGGGCCCUUUACACAUUGAGUUUGUUGGUUACACCUCUUUAUCAUUUUAGUCCCGAUAUUUCCCAAGCAAGUUCAUGGGCCUGGAUGAAGGUUGACAUAAAAAUAAUGCCAUUUUGUGUUGUUUGUCGUAGGGUGUGGAUAUUUCUUUUUUCUAUUUUUGUAAUAUUCUUUGGUAGUGGAGGCAAUUUUUUGCAGCUGGUAGGCGGCAAUCAGAGGAUAAUAUGUAUUCUAUGAAAACGUGGUGGUCCAUGUUAGUACAUUUUUGUACUGUUUUUGUUAUGUGGGUCGAUGUAAUACUGUUAUUUUUAGCUCAAGUUUCUUUAGCAGGCGUCCUACGCAUUUUUCUAUAAACUGGCUUUCGGAUUUAA